AUGCCUCAUUCCAAGCAGCCUGAUCGCUUCCAGAGUCUGAUGCUUCUGCAGUGGCCUUUGAGUUACCUUGCCAUCUUUUGGAUCUUACAGCCAUUGUUCAUUUGCCUGCUGUUUACAAGCUUGUGGCCACUACCAGCACUUUACUUUGCCUGGUUGUUCCUGGACUGGAAGACCCCAGAGCAAGGUGGCAGGCGUUCAGCUUGGGUAAGGAACUGGCAUGUCUGGACCCACAUCAGAGACUAUUUCCCUAUUACGAUUCUGAAGAUUAAAGACCUGUCACCGGAGCACAACUACAUCAUGGGCGUUCACCCGCACGGCCUCCUGACCUUUGGUGCCUUCUGCAACUUCUGCACUGAGGCCACAGGUUUCUCAAAGACUUUUCCAGGCAUCACUCCUCACUUGGCCACGCUGUCCUGGUUCUUCAAGAUACCGCUUGUUAGAGAAUACCUCAUGGCCAAAGGUGUGUGCUCUGUGAGCCAGCCAGCCAUCAACUACCUGCUGAGCCAUGGCACUGGCAACCUUGUGGGCAUUGUAGUGGGAGGUGUGGGCGAGGCCCUGCAAAGUGUGCCCAACACCACCACCCUCAUCCUCCAGAAGCGCAAGGGGUUUGUGCGCACGGCUCUCCAGCAUGGGGCUCAUCUGGUCCCCACCUUCACUUUUGGAGAAACUGAGGUGUAUGAUCAAGUAUUGUUCCAUAAGGACAGCAGGAUGCACAAGUUUCAGAACUUCUUCCGCCGUGUCUUCGGUUUCUACUUUUGUGUCUUCUAUGGACGAGGCUUCUGCCAAGACUCCAUUGGGCUCCUGCCAUACUCCCGGCCUAUUGUUACCGUGGUUGGGGAGCCUCUGCCACUGCCCAAAAUUGAAAAACCAAGCCAGGAAGAGGUGGACAAAUACCAUGCGAUUUAUAUGGAAACCCUGCACAAACUGUUUGACCAGCAUAAGACCCAGUAUGGCUGCUCAGAGACCCAAAAGCUGCUUUUCCUGUGAUUGAAGAGACUGUGUGCCCAAGAGCACAAGAGUGCCUGACUUGGAGAGGAGACUCACCUGCCACUAACCAAAGACAGGCCUGAGAGAGAAAGGGAAAUGAGGGAGGCUGUGUGUGGCAGAGGAGGGCACUAGGAAUUCCUGCCUUGCCUCCUUGACACAG